GACCACCCUGGGCAGCUGGGCUCUGGCACCCACAUCUCCCCCCGAGGGGGCCAGGCGGGGGGCCAGGCUGAGGAGGGGGCGCUUCCAUCGGGACUCGCCAUGUCCGACAACGGCUGGGUGGGCUCCUGGAGACCCCACCGCCCCCGAGGGCCCAUCUCCGCCCAGUACCGCACCCCCGGCCCCAAGUACGGGCUCCCCGGCAACGUCGGUUACAACCAGCACGACCCCACCCGGAGCCGCGCCCCCGCCUACACCAUCGGGCUGCGGCUGCCGGCGGAGCAGGAGAACCGCUCCCCCGGGCCCCAGUACCUGGUGCGGCCCGGCUUCACCCACCGCGGCAAGGACGGCAUCCCCGCGCACACCAUCUGCGGCCGGCCCCGCGCAGACACGGCCAGCAAGACCCCCGGGCCAGCGCAUUAUGCCCCGGAGCGGGCGGACAAGUGGGCCUAUCCCAACGCACCCACCUGCUUCCUGCGCUCCCGCCCCCGCGAGUUCGGAGCGCAGGAGACCCCAGGCCCGGCCACCUACCGCCUGCCCACCGUGCUGGGCCCCCGCCUGGUGGACAAGCCCUCGGCCCCCACCUGCUUCAUCGUGGGGCGCGGCCCCGGCUCCUUCGGCAACCUGAACAGGUCCCCCGGCCCCAGCCACUACGCCCCAGUGCGGAGCGACGUGUUCCUGCCCCGCUCCCCGCGCUGCACCAUAGUGGGGCGCACGGAACCCCCCAAGGCCGCCGCCACCCCCGGCCCCAGCGACUACAGCCCCCCGCAGGUCCGGCGCCAAGGGGUGACCUUCGGGGUGAAGCACUCGGAAUUCCGGGCCCCCGUGAUGAUGGACGCGAUGGAUUAGGGGGCGUGGACAUGCGGGUGACAGAGCCCACCUGUGACAGACGGACAAACACGACCCUGCAGCAGCAGCA